CUGAAGAAGAAGACGAUCCACCGACAAAUCUCAAAUCGGUUGGGGAACUGCCUGCAUCAUCCGCCGACCGGAGCCAGGAACCGACGAGCAGAACCGGAGGAAAAAAUGGCGUUCACAUUCGCGGCCUUCUGCUACAUGCUCGCUCUGCUGCUAACGGCGGCGCUUAUCUUCUUCGCUAUCUGGCAUAUAAUAGCAUUUGAUGAGCUGAAGACUGAUUACAAGAACCCUAUAGAUCAGUGUAACACUUUAAAUCCGACAGUUGAAAAGGUCAAAAAGAUUAAAAGAGUCAAAAUUGCAUUAAAGCUGGUUCUCCCAGAGUAUCUCAUCCAUUUCUUCUUCUGCGUGAUGUUCUUCUGUGCGGCCGAGUGGCUCACGCUGUGUCUCAACUUACCGCUGCUGGCUUAUCACGUCUGGAGGUAUAUGAGCAGACCUGUGAUGAGCUGUCCAGGACUCUACGACCCGACGACCAUCAUGAAUGCCGACAUCCUGGCGUACUGUCAAAAAGAAGGCUGGUGCAAAUUGGCUUUCUACCUCCUGUCCUUCUUCUACUAUCUCUACGGGAUGAUCUACGUUCUGGUGAGCUCUUAAGACGGGACAACGAAGGAUAAAAGGACCUGCAUGUACAGUCGACGACCAGACACUAUGAUCUUAGUGCUGGAACACUGGACCUGCUGGAGAACCACCGUUCAGCAACACAAGACGCCAUCUUAUAGUGGACGAACUCUCGACUCCCCCAACAACAGCAGCAGCAGCGCAGAGUGUCAUUUCAGAAACAUUUAGCCCGUUUUAAGAGAAUAUCUCGGUUGCAGCAUUUCUCUCAUAGCACUAUAGUUAAAGAUUUUAUGGAAAAUACGGACAAAACCUGAAUGGACAAGCUUAUUUUUCCUCUUUUUUUAAAUUUUGGACUGUGUGGUGAUUUUUUUUCUUUUUUUCCCUGAUACUCGGGAUUGAAUUUUUUUUUCUUCAUCAACUUUUGAGUGUUUACAGGUUAGGUAGACAUCUUCAGAUGUGCAUUCAGCUGUGAGAAUCUGAGCUGCGUUAGCGUUUCUUUUUUUUUUUCUUCUUCCUGUGAAAUUAGAUUCUGGGCUUCGACGGCUAAUCUAUACCUGCCACGUGAUUCAUUACUUUAAAUAGCUAAAAGUGCAAACCAGACUUCUGUUUUUGACGCGUUUAAAGGGAACAGCGAGGGCGGAAGUGCGUGGGCUAUUAUCACUGAGUGUUGCACAAGGACAAUCAUAGUCUGGUUGUUCACGACAUCAAACUAUCCGAUGUGUCGUUUCCAUACUUCAAACUUGUAAUCCCUUGUCGAACUCUUGGCAAUAUCUGUUUUCUUGAGUGUGAAUCCAGAAUAGAGCACCAUGUGUACGUGACCUGUACUUCUGUAGAAUCGCCCUUUGCAGCUACCGAUAAACUUCCAAAUAAAAAAAAGGUAAACUCGACAGUACAGCGUGUUCAGCAUUAGGAGGCGACAGUAUUUUAGCUUUUCUCUGCAUUUCAUAGCUGAUGUGCCACACUGUUGAAUGGACCUUUUCUUUUUAAAAUAAACUCUGUUGUGUUUUUGUUCAGUUUCACCACCAAAUAUUCCACGUUUGUUAGGAAAUCCACUGUUUUAUUUAUUGUGCGUUUUUAAUUUUUAAAGGUCUUUUUCUCCAUCACGAUAUCAAGCACUCCUCGCAGUGUCGACAUUUCUUUCGAGGCCAUCAGACAAAAUUUUCUCAUUAAUACUAGAGUAUUUAUUGCCAUUUCCAACAUGUAAAUUUAUCAGGGAAAAGGAUUAUCAUUUGUCGCAUAAUAAAGGAAAUUUUUAUGUAUUAGAUCCCAUCGUGUCAUCUAGGAAAUGAUUUAUGAUUUUUGAGUCUAAAUAAAAUUAUCCCACUCUGUUAAGGUG